AUGCAAGAAGAUCCUAAUAAUCAAUCUGGGGAAUCCUCCAGUUUCCGUAAAGGCCCACUAGAUAAAUUAACUUUAAUGAUAGGAAAGAAAGUUUUGAAAUUUAAAGUUGUAAAUGCGCCCCGUGUAUCAGCUACUACAGAAGAGCAGAGGCAAGUUGCUGUGGCAGGCUUGUUCAGAUGUGCCUACUGCAAACUAACAUUUAAUCUUCGUGAAGAACUAUCCACUCACAUGCAGAAUGCUCACGGCACAAAACAGUUCGUGUGCGUUGUGUGUGGGAUGGGAUUCAAUACAAAGUCUAGUUUAAGUGUACAUCAUAGAACUCACACCAAUUAUAAGCCAUACCAAUGUGUGAUCUGCCAUAAGGCUUUCUCUCGAGCUUCCAAUCAUAAUUUACAUAUGAAAAUGCAUCAGUCUGGUCAGCGACAUUUCUGUACAAUAUGCGGUCGUUGCUUUAAGAAAGUUGAUUUACUUGUUGAGCACCAAAUGACUUGUGUAGCCAUGAUGAACGGCGAAUAUAUUCAAACAGAUCGACCACUGCGGUACCAGUGUAGCUAUUGUGACAAAUUGUUCCAUCACAAACGAGACAAGUACAUACACGAACGUAUACAUACAGGUGAAAAACCAUAUCAAUGUGGAUAUUGCGGGAGAGGGUUCACUCAGUCACAGGGAUUAACGAUACACAUUAGGUUACAUACAGGAGAAAGGCCUUAUACAUGUCUAGUUUGUGGAAAACAAUAUCGCGAUAACUCAGCCCUACGGAAACAUGAAUACAAGCAUAACGUUCAAUCAGCAGAUAUGCAGAAUAUGUAUGAAAACGGUGAGCUAAGUGAAGGCAUCCUGGAAGAUGAAUAUUCACAAUCCAUGUGGCAUGAUCGGAUGAUGUAA